AUGACGAUACGCUUCGUAAAUUCGCACAAUUUCAUCCGUGCUCAAGGGCAAAACGACCCCACCAUUAAAAACCCUAAGUUUUUCCUCUCUCCUUCACCAUGGCUCGGAAUCGAUCGAGGAUUAGGGGCGGCAGUGGCUUCAUCCCAACACCAUCUCCAUGGAUUUGCAGUGCAUUUGGAGAACCAGAAGAAAAGAAAAGAAACUAACGUAUCUUUUGCGGGUUGUAGGGCAAGCUCAAGCUUCUCGACUGGAAAGCACCAAUAUAUUGAUCAAGAUGGCCAGCUGGAUAAUUGUCCUCGUGAAGUCGCCUCAGAUAAUGAUGUUGAUUUGAAAUUGAAAAUAUGCAGAACGGAAGGUAGCCAAGUCUUUUCAACAACCAAUUUGGAGGAUAAACGUGAACGGAUGCCGGCGGUGGUUCACGGCAGUUGCAAACCUCGCGUGUUC